UGAGCGGGAGGGAGGGAAGGAGCGUCUCCGUGAUUCGUGAAGAAGAUUUUAUCAUUCGAUUUCUGGCCUUGAUCGUCACCGUGGCAACGAAUCCCGAUCAAUUCGCGGAAGAGCACAACUGUGAUGGGUAAUCAGAAGCAAAAGUGGACGGCGGAGGAGGAGGCAGCGCUCAGGGCGGGGGUGGAGAAGCACGGAGUCGGAAAGUGGAAGAAUAUUAUUGUAGACGCAGAAUUCGCGCCGACGCUUGUCAACCGCUCCAAUGUCGACCUCAAGGACAAAUGGCGGAACAUGGGUGCUAAUCAGGGAAAUGUCUCUACUACUCCCAAAGUAAAUGUAACUACAUCAACAGCUGAGUCACCCAAAACUGGAACCAGUUCUCCUGUUUCUAAGUCAAAGGAAAAAACAAACGGAAGCCUUCGCCGGAGCUCUCCGGAUGGCCGAACCACCCCCACAUACAGCUCAAUGAUAGCUGAAGCACUUUCAGCUCUGAAUGAUCCCUCUGGUUCUAGUCUCAGUGCAAUUGCAGAGUUUAUUGAGGCAAAGUAUGAAGUGCAUGCAAAUUUCAGAAGGUUAUUGAGUUCGAAGUUGGGUAGACUUGCCGGCCGAGGUAAAAUUGGGAAGUGCAAUACAGAACAUGGCCAUCAACGUUACAAGUUGAAUGAUUCUGGAUUAAAUCCUAAACUGACAACAACUCCGGCGCAAAGGAAUGUCAAAGAAAGACCAUUUCAGCAGCCUAAUGCAUUUCAGAAGUCGGGAUUCAGUCCUGAGCUGACAACCCCUGCGCAAAGGGAUGCAAGACCAUUUCUGCAGACUGGAUUUAAUCAGUUCGCCGCCCAAAGACCAUUUCUGCAGACUGGAUUUAAUCAGUUCACCGCGCAAAGGCCAUUUCUGCAGACUGGAUUUAAUCCUGAACUUCCGAGUCCAGCGCAGUGGGAUUUCGGACAUAGACCAUUUCAGCAGUCUAGUGUAACCUACCGUCACCAUACUACUAAAGAUGUUUGUACGUCUAACCUCAUCUACCCUUCCGAUACUAUUGAAGAUGCAGCUUCAAUAGCCGCGCGAUGCGUCGCUGAGGCAGAAAAUAAAGCGUUCGUUGCAGCCCAGGCGAUGAAGGAGUCCGAUAGAGUCAUGCAAUUGGCUGAAGAUGCACUUGUGAUGCAGACACUUUGUGAAGAGUUUCUUCAACAAUGUUCUCAAGACGGAUACAUAAGCAUUAAUUAGCUGCAUUCGUAUGCUAACAGCUACUAAUUCUUCGGUGUACAUAAGAUCUGUCGAGAAAGAAGUCACACCAAUUUCUCCGUUCCCUUAGAUGAUCGAUGUUUUGCAAGUUAGAAGUUUUGCACAUCUCUACUGAUUUCCUUUAUGCUAUGUUGAACCCGAAAAAUACA